GUUAAUUGAGCACAAUCCUACCGUCACCAAAAGAAUAGCUGUUGGAAUUUUGAAGAACGACCCACUUGAGUUAAGGGUAGCUUUUGUAUCAAACAAGGCCAUAAAAAAGAAGAUCGACGUACUUUGCCCCGAACUGAAAAAAUCAACCACAAUCAUCGCAGAGUUCUGGAACAAACACAGUGAGACACUCAAGGAAAUAGCUCUUGAAAAUUGCGUGGAAGAAAGUAUGGUGGAACGUGAGCUAAAAAGAAAAGCCGUGGAAAGUAUAAGUAGACCUUCUUCAUCAAUGACAACUCCGGAACCCACACCUAAUAAGCGUUUGAGGAGUAAAAAGAUAAAGCAGAAGGAAAGAGCCGAUGAGUCUGAGCUGGUGGAGUCAGAUCAUGUAUUUAUUGCUGGCUGUGACGUAUCAGUAGGAACUAUGAUCAAACGGGCUGCUCGUAAAAUACAUGAAAACAACCAGUCUUUGUCUUGCCGAGAACGAAAAAUCAUGACAUCAGGAUUAUCUUCUAUACUGGAUUUGUCGGAUGAUUCAUUCGAUUCACAACGCUCCCUUUUCACUGAUGAACAAUGGUACGAACUCCAUGCAAGAUACGAACCUAUGUUUAAAACAUCUGUAUAUGAACUUGAUCCUCUUUCCCAAGAUUUUUUAAAGAUUGUUUGUUGUACUCUUGAACUGACCAACGAUUAUGACUGUGUCCUGAAAUAUCUACGAAAAGCACAGGAGCAGUGCAGUCGCGUAUUGGGAUUACCUUUAAAAAUAGCAGAGCAUAUUUUGGGUAUCACUAAACCAUAUCAGUAUCUUUUGACUCAACAUCCGACUAAAGGUGUAACUGAAUUUGAUUAUUACUGCACCAUAUGGUCACCCAUCUUUUUGCUACUCUUUCCACCAUCCAACCCUGUCCGUGUCAAAGCGGGGGGAGUCAAUCGAUUCCGCAUCUACGAUUAAUUAGAAAGAACUUUAUCACGAGAGUAUGUGUAAUCUUAGCUAAUAUGUGGUAGUUCAAAUCUAUCAUCCGUACAAUAAACAGAAAACCCUUAGGGCCUAUAUCUCCGUUUUUUCGUAGACAUAGGAGAUGAAGAACAUGACCUUGGUGUUGGAGAAUGCGCAAUCGAUUCAUCCAAUUCAAAAGCUGCUAAAGACGAAGGGAGGUUGGUGAGGGAAGCCAAAGAUGCAGUCGAUAAAGCGCUUAAAGUGGUGGAUGAAAAAACAAAUACAAAAAUUAUGGACACUUCAGAUCUCUGGUUCAUCCUAUUUAAUUUCAAUGCUAUAUAUGAUUUAGUGAUACUUACAAAAUAUGCUCUGGU